UUGCGGGUUUAGAGUGCACUAGAAUAGCGGGUUGUUGAGUGUGUUUGUGCGAUGUGAUCGGUGGAAGCUGUAAAUAUUCGCGUUGUAGUGCCCUUUGAUGCCAAUCAACAUGGAAAUGCCUGUUGCCCCUCCGGACCAAGAGCUGCGCAACAUAAUUGACAAACUGGCCCAGUUUGUUGCCCGAAAUGGCCCGGAGUUUGAACAGAUGACCAAGCAGAAACAGAAAGACAACCCAAAGUUCUCCUUCCUGUUCGGCGGCGAAUACUACGCCUACUACAAGCAUCAGGUUGCCGCGCAACAGAAUUCCUCAUGCUGUCCAACUUUGAGCCGAAAGAGGAAGUGCCGCCGACGAUUGUCGAGCGCUCCGCCGGCUCCCAUGCCAUGGCAGGCAACGUCCAACGUGGCGCUUGCUCAGCUACAGCAGCAGGUGCAGGAGAUUCAGGAGCAGAUACGACAGAGUGAGGUCAACUUGGCCGCACAACACCAAGUCCUUUUGCAACAGCAACAGGUGCAGUUAGACGAGGCCAUACGAAAGGCCCAAGAUGACAAGCUGAUGGCUCAGGCAAAGAGCUGUGACAUAGAGAUUGCAGAAUUGGAUAAGAUCCUUCAGCCUAUCAUUGAGUCUUGCACCAAGGAUUCCAUUUCGGCAGGAAAGGGCUGGAUUUUUUCUCACUCAACCACCCCGCAACGUAAUGAGCUAAUAAGCCAGUAUCUGCUCAAGAAGGUCACCGUGCCGGGCGCUCCUUUCGACAUGAAACUGCACAUUGUGUACUUGAUCAAUGAUGUCUUGCACCACUGCGUGCGGAAGAACGCUGAUGGCUUGAAGCAGUCGUUGGACAAAGUUGUCGUCCCAAUCUUUUGCACGACCAGCAUUGGCGUUGACGAGGAGAAAGGCCAGAAACUUGCCAAAUUGCUGAAGCUUUGGGAGACCAACAACUACUUCCCGGCGUCAAUUCUCGAGCAACUCAAGAACCCGGCGAUUUCACUGGCAAACUACCAAGCCAGCCUCAUAACAGAGCAUGCGAACAGUCAUCACAUCAGUGACAAGUGCCGUGCAGGUCAAGUACUCGCAGCUUCAAAAGCAACACCAGGACUUUGUGGCGCACCUCACAGCGCGGCUACAGGCACUGCAGUUUGGGGUGCUGCCCCCUGCAAUGGCAGCACAGGCGGGCCUGACCGGCGUUUCCGCCCUGCCAACGCCUACAACGACGACCGGCCAGGCGCUACCCAUGUCGACUGGUUUGCCUCCGCCCACGUCGGUCAGUGCCCCGGGCCCUCAAGUGGCGAUCGGCACGGCCGCCACUACCGGUUGGGAGCACUGGCAGUGAACAACAGCCUCAGCAAGCUCCUGCUUCAGAACAGGCGAGAAGCCACAAGCCAAGACUCUGCCGUUACUGGAUCUGAGGUUGGAGGUGGCGCAGGCGGAGAUGGCGACGGUGGAGGUGCCGGCGGUGGUGGUGGCAGCGCCAAUGAAGGAGAUGAGUCGCAACAGCCGUUGGAAGCGCAAGCGAGCAAGAGUAUCCCGGAAUCGGACCCUCAACUGGCUCAGGGCCACAGUCCGAACGUGGGUCAGGGUCCAAACUUGGGCCCCGCCUCGAUGCCCGACGAUGGACUCGGUGGUGGGCAUCCUUUGCCGCAGGAACAGCACCCAUAUGGGCCAAUGUCGAUGAACAUGGAUGGCAUUCCGCCGCACAUGAUGCCCGAUCAGAUGCCAUCGAGAGACAUGAGGCCAGGAACCACGGUUACGGAGGCCCCAUGCACUUACCCGGGCGAUUCAUACGGAGGCGAUUCAUACGGGGUCGAUUCAUACGGGGGUAGCGGCCACAUGGGUGGCAGGGGUCACAUGGGCGGCGGUCACAUGGGUGGUGGUGGGCCACCGUACAUGGGCAACGGACCUCCACCACCGAUGUCGCACUUCGGACCCCAGGGACCGCCCCACUACGGCAUGCCGCCUGGCUACGACCACCCACCACCACCCGGGUACAUGCAUCACGGAGGUCCCCCGCACGGCCAGUACGGUGGCAUGCCACCUCAUGGAAUGCAUGGCUUCGACCCUAUGGACAACGACCGGCCUUACUACGACGACUACGACAUGAAUUCAAGAUCCCGGCAGGACUAUGGCAACUUCUACAUCGACUCGGAGAGCAUGCCUCCUCGUGGUGACAUGGGCCAUCCCAGUGCCGGGCCUGGCCUACUUGACCCGCGCCAUCCUCCCCCUGGGUUUGUGCCCAUGAACUCUCAAGGGUACAUGCCACCGGAGCUGCCCCCGGAGGCCCUGGAGUGCCUGGUGCCCACCAUGCCGUACUACGAGCUGCCCGCAGGCCUCAUUGUGCCCCUCGUCAGGCUUGAUGACAGCGACUACAGGCCGCUGGACCCCAAGGAAAUGCGGCUGCCUCCACCAGCGCCCCCCAGCGAGGCCCUGAUGCAAGCCGUGGAGAUGUUCUACAGUCCACCUUCUCACGAGCGGCCGCGUAACAGUGAGGGAUGGGAGCAGUUGGGCCUGUACGAGUUCUUCAAGGCCAAGAGCCAGUACGUUCGCAAGCGGCCCUCGUCGGACGACGAAGGGGACGGGUACAGUCGGGGCCGCAGUGACCGGGACGAGCAGCAGGAAGAGCGGAGAGCCAAGGCCAAGGAGAUCGAAGACCAGAUUAGAGACGACAUUGCCCGGCGCAAGUACCGCGAGAGCAAGAGCCCCCCAAGUGCAAGGCAUGAGGAGGAGCCUAGGAGAAAGAAGCGGAGUCGCAGCCGAUCGGAGUCCCGGUCCCCGCCGAGGCACAGCAGACGGUCACGGUCGCUCUCGAGGUCACACUCUCGGUCAAGGUCCCGGUCGCGUUCACAGUCUCCCUUGAGACGGCGCUCUCCGGAACGCAGUCCAACACCUCCUUCUUUUUUUGGUUCAUCUUAUGGCGGUGACCCCAGAGACUCGAGGUUGGACGAGUCUAACAAGGGUCAUCAACUCCUUCGUAAAAUGGGUUGGGGAGGGGCCGGUCUCGGUGCCUCCGAGCAAGGCAUUCAAGACCCAAUCCAUCCGGGCGACGUCCGAGACCGCCAAGACCUCUACAAGGGCGUCGGCAUCAACCUUCACGACCCGUACGAAAACUUCCGCAAAAGCAAAGGCCAGGCAUUCAUCAACAGGAUGAAAGCACGGACGGAAGAUGUCAAGUGAAGACGACAUUGCUUCUCCUCUCGACCUGCAACAACCAUCUCGCGCAAACUCACAAUCGUCAACUUCCUUAUACUUGCCAGACGAAGUUUAGGACUUUGUAUGCGUGUCCAUUUGUUGUUGUCCCAUCUAGUGAAAGAUUCCCCCCUCCCUUCCUCACCCUUUGUUUUGUGUUUUAACUUUUAUGUCAGUUUCCGGACCUCAUCACGAAUGCAAAGGUUCGGAACUGGACCGUCAUUGCUCAUUUGACCUGCAAGUAAAUUAUGGCCAAGGCAAAAGUGAAAUGGAAUGUGUUGGAACUCUGUACAAAGUAAACCUGGCAUUAAUUAAAUGAUAUUUCUGGGCAGA